AUGCAAACAAUAACAUCUACUGAUAAUGAACAGAAUACAAAUGUAAAAUUUGAUAUGGAAAUCAAAGCCAAAGAAAUAUCUGAUCUGUCACAAAAAAUAGACGAAUUGCAUGAAGAAAAUUUUGAAAAAAACGAUACAUCAUUGUCUCUGAAAAGUAUCGAAACAUUUCAAGGUGAUCUUGAAAUUAUUCGAUCUGAAACCACUUCUAGUGGUAAAAUGAAUGAAAAUAAAACUCUCAAUUUUGAAUUAAAUUCAGGUGUGGCUCUUCUUUUCUAUCAUUCACCUAUAUCAAAUGAAUCAAAACAAGAAAUAAAUACAAUUCUAAGUGGUAAAACAGCAGAAUUUUCAAAUGAUUCACAAUAUGUAAAAACCAAAGCACAACGAUUAUUUGCUAAAACAACACCUACAAAUAUUGUUCGUCAGCCGACUGAGGAAGAUACUAUUGGUAGAAGUUCAUCAUCGUCAAAUCUUACAACUAGUAAUGCAGAAACUAUUUCCGCUGUUACUGAAACUCGAAAAUUGUCUGAUCCAUCAAAUGGACCAUCUGACGAAUCAUCAAUACCUAUUUCAACACUUCCAUCUGAUAAUAUUAAAUCACCUGCUAAAACUUUUCAUCGUAAUCUUCCAAAAUCACUAAAAAAAAUUGAAGAUAUUUAUAUUAAUUCUUUAACAAAAGCCUUACGAAACUUAUUUGCUCGUUCAGAAUAUCAUAAUACGAAACUACAAAAGAUUCAUGAAGAACUUAUUUCAUCAGGUCAUAUAUCACCAUUAAAUGAAUUUUAUCGUUCAACAAAUGAAGCCUUACGUGUAACACUUGAUCAUUGUAGUACUUAUGCUGAUUUAAUCAAAUGGACUUUAUCAUUAUUACAAACAAAUAAUAAACCAAAUUUAAUUGAUUUUGGUCAUGAUCUUUAUUUGAUUGCAAUUGAUUUAGAUUUUGCAUUAAUUGAACGUAUUGAUAAUGCACGAUGUGCAAUUGAUAUAAAAGAAAAUCUCAAACAUGAAUUACAAACAAUCACCGAAACUGAUUUACGAGAAAUUAAUUCUUAUUUAAAUGCUUCUCAAUUGGAUAAACUAGUUUAUCUGUCAAAAAAACUAAAUGUUAUUUCAAAAGAUCGUAUGAUAUCAGAUCUUAAUUUAUUACUUUUGCAUCUUAUUCAAGUUUAUCAUACAUUCGAACUUAAAUAUCGUCCAAUGCAAACACGUAUUCGUGAAAUAGCCGAAAGAUUUAAAUCUCGAGCUGUUGCUGAUCUCGUACGUAAACUAGAUGAAAUUGAAAAACGUUUAGCAAAAAAUUUUUCAAUAACAUUCUAUGGUCUUAGUAAACGUAUGAACGAAGCUCGAUUCAUAUUAGUGAAAUAA